AAACGAAGAGGAAGAAGAAAAAGAGCUGUUCACGUUUCUAGCAACCAUGGCCGGAGCCGAAGAGAUGAAUAAGUAUCGCUCACCUCUGGUGUCCAGAUACGCCAGCAAAGAAAUGAGCUACAACUUCAGCGACAAAAAGAAAUUCACCACUUGGAGGAAGCUGUGGAUUUUCCUCGCCAAAGCGGAAAAGGCUCUGGGUCUGCCCAUCACUGAUGCUCAGAUUGCAGAGAUGGAGAGCCAUGCAGAGGACAUUGACUUUGCCAUGGCGGCUGAAGAAGAGCGAAAGCUGAGGCACGAUGUCAUGGCGCACGUCCACACCUUUGCACACUGCUGCCCCACAGCUGCUCCCAUCAUCCACCUCGGAGCUACGUCAUGCUAUGUGGGAGACAAUACUGAUCUCAUUGCAUUGCGUGAUGGCUUCAACAUCCUCUUGCCCAAGCUGGCCAGAGUCAUCGACCGGCUGGCAAACUUUGCAGAGGAAUACGCUGACCUCCCCACGCUCGGCUUUACACACUUCCAGCCUGCCCAGUUGACCACAGUGGGGAAGCGAGCGUGUCUGUGGCUGCAGGAUUUGGUGAUGGAUGUGAGGAACCUGGAGCGAGCCCGCGAUGAUCUUCGUUUCCGUGGAGUCAAGGGGACCACAGGCACCCAGGCCAGCUUCCUGCAGCUCUUUCAGGGGGACCAUGACAAGGUGGAAGAGCUUGACAAGAUGGUGACAGAGAUGGCUGGCUUUAAGAAAGCCUACCUGGUGACUGGGCAGACGUACAGUCGUAAAGUGGACAUAGACUGCCUGUCCACCCUCGCUAGUUUGGGAGCUUCUGUGCACAAGAUCUGCACAGACAUCCGCCUGCUGGCCAACCUAAAAGAGAUUGAGGAACCUUUUGAGAAGGAGCAGAUUGGUUCCAGUGCUAUGCCCUACAAGAGGAACCCCAUGCGUGCAGAACGCUGCUGUAGCUUGGCCCGACAUCUGAUUGCGUUGAUGGCCGACCCCCUGCAGACUGCCUCAGUGCAGUGGCUGGAGAGGACACUGGAUGACAGCGCCAACAGGAGGAUCUCCCUGCCCGAGUCCUUCCUGACAGCAGACAUCAUCCUCAGCACGCUGCAGAACAUCACAGAGGGUCUUGUGGUCUACCCCAAAGUCAUCGAGAGACACAUCCGCCACGAGCUGCCCUUCAUGGCCACAGAGAACAUUAUUAUGGCGAUAGUGAAGGCAGGAGGCAACAGACAGGAGUGCCACGAGAAGAUCCGUGUUCUGUCCCAAGAGGCAGCAGCUGUGGUUAAACAGGAAGGUGGAGACAAUGACCUACUGGGCAGAAUCCAGCGAGACCCCUACUUUGCACCCAUUCUAGGGCAGCUGGAUGCUUUGCUGGACCCCAAGACCUUUAUUGGGCGUGCUCCACAGCAGGUGAAAACAUUCCUGGCUGAAGAAGUACGCCCCCUACUGGAGCCGUAUAAGGCCAAUAUGGACGUCAAGGUUGAGCUUGUGCUUUAAAACAUCAGUGAUGUCUUAAGCUGGUUUUAUGGUCGAGCAGAGUUUGCUGUCCACUCCACUCUAGGGACUGACCGUCUGUGUGCCUGGAGUGAGCUCUGUUGUCAGAUGGAGGCAGCGCACAAAGUGUGUGGUACAACCAGUGUGUGGGCCGCUCUCGCUUGUACUGUUGUUGGUCAACCAGCCACGGUGGAGAGUGAAGUUAUAACAGAUGAGACGAAGCGGGAGCGUUACAAACAGUAAAAUGUCCACUGCAGCCACUGUCUGUGUUUUGUUUUUCUCUUUUUCUCUUUGAAGUGAGUAAUGCUGAGACCAGCAUUACUCACACUGACACGGAAGAACAGUGUAGGUGGUGGCAUAGUGGAGUUUAAUAGAAGCUUGUUUCCACCAUUGGGGGGUGUUGCUAUCCAUAACAUGAAAUUUCAAGUUAUGUAUUUCAAAAUUUCAUGAGCUAACCGCUGUGUAUUUUCACUGUGGAUUUACAACUGAUGAAAUCUUGUGUUACUCGAUGAAUCACAUGACAUUAUCAGCACAACAGUAAUUUGUUCUUGUUGACUGUACAUUGAUAGCCAACUGGUGCUAUUGCAACGUGCCUGUCACUGCCAGUGCCUGCCGUAACAAGGAAAUGAUGUCAUUUGUGAAUCUUCUUGAUUGGAAAAACUUGAAAUUUCAAAAUUCUUAAAAUUUUUAGUUACUUUUACUCAAAUUUGUCUCACUAACUUGAAAAUUCGGCUUAUGGAUAGAUUUUUCCUCCUUCUCUCCGUGAUGGAAACAAGCUUCCAUAGUGUUUUCAUGGUGAUGUCAUGAAUUCAUUGGUUCAUCAGUGUUUAAUUUGUCAUUGACGCAGUAUUAUUGUUUGCUUGAAAUAAAUAAAACAUGAAUGAUAAAA